AUGGGUAUCAAGCAGCUUUUCUCGAUCAUCAAGGAGGAAGCUCCCGAUGCGAUCAAGGAAGGCGAAAUCAAGAACCAUUUUGGUCGCAAAGUUGCUAUUGAUGCGUCGAUGAGCAUCUACAGCUUCCUCAUCGCCGUGCGCUCCGACGGCCAGCAGCUCAUGAACGACACGGGCGAGACGACAUCACAUCUGAUGGGCAUGUUUUACCGCACGCUGCGCAUGGUGGACAACGGCAUCAAGCCUCUGUACGUUUUUGACGGCGCCCCGCCCAAGCUCAAGUCCGGCGAGCUGGCCAAGCGCUUCCAGCGCAAGCAGACGGCCCAGGAGGGCCUAGAGGAGGCCAAGGAGACGGGUACCGCCGAGGACGUCGAGAAGUUCUCGCGCCGCACCGUGCGCGUCACGCGCGAGCACAAUGCCGAAUGCCAGCGCCUGCUCAAGCUCAUGGGCAUCCCGUACAUUAUCGCGCCGACCGAGGCCGAGGCGCAGUGCGCGGUGCUGGCCAAGGCACAAAAGGUGUUUGCGGCGGCGAGCGAGGACAUGGAUACGCUGUGCUUCGACUCGCCGAUUCUGCUGCGACAUCUGACGUUUAGCGAGCAGCGCAAAGAGCCUAUCCAAGAGAUUCACCUGGACAAGGUGCUCGAGGGGUUGAACAUGGAGCGAAAACAGUUUGUCGACCUCUGCAUUCUUCUCGGCUGCGAUUAUCUAGAUCCGAUCCCUAAAGUCGGCCCUACUACGGCCCUUAAGCUCAUUCGCGAAUACGGCACCCUCGAGAAAGUCGUCGAGGCCAUGGAGAACGACUCGAAGAAAAAAUAUACCAUCCCCGAGGACUGGCCGUACGAGGACGCGCGCGAUCUCUUCUUCUCGCCCGACGUGCGCCCAGCUGACGACCCGCUGUGCGACGUCAAGUGGGACAAGCCCGACAUGGAUGGGCUGGUGCAGUUCCUGGUGACGGAAAAGGGCUUCUCGGAGGACCGUGUGCGCAGCGGCGGCGCGCGCCUGGAGAAGAACCUAAAGAGCUCGCAGCAGGCGCGCCUCGAGGGCUUCUUCAAGGUGAUGCCCAAGACGGACGCGGAAAAGGCGGCGCACAAGCGCAAGCUGGACGAGAAGAAUGAGGAGAAAAAGAAGAAGCAGAAGCAGGAGAAGAAGGACAAGGCGGCCACCAAGGGUAAGCCGCGAGGUGCCUGA